UAACCCGCAGACACACCGGAAGUUAGCCGAUAUAGCAUUAGGAAGAAGAAGAAGAGCUAACGUACUCGGUCUCGUUAUACACAGCGAGAUUGUUUUCAAAGUAUGCGGUAAAAAGAAGUAAGUAACGUUAAGGCGCGCGCUUCGCUGCACGAUGGCUACCCAGAGAGGUCUCCCUCAGAGCAAAGAGUCCCUGCUCCAGAACUACAACAAGAGGCUGAAAGAUGACAUCAGGUCUAUCCUGGACAACUUCACAGAAAUUAUCAAAACGGCAAAGAUAGAAGAUGAGACACAGGUUUCCAGAGCAACCCAGGCAGAGCAGGACCAUUAUGAGAUGCACGUCAGAGCAGCCAACAUUGUUCGAGCCGGCGAGUCCCUGAUGAAGCUGGUGUCGGACCUGAAGCAGUUCCUGAUCCUGAACGACUUUCCGUCGGUGAACGACGCCAUCAGCCUCCAGAACCAGCAGCUGCGCUCGCUGCAGGACGAGUGCGACAAGAAGCUGACGUCGCUCCGGGACGAGAUCGCCAUCGACCUGUAUGAGCUAGAGGAAGAAUAUUACUCCUCCAGCUACAGUCAGUGGGACAGCACUGAUCUGCCGCUGUGCGAGGCGUACCGCCGGCGAGACAGCUGGGCCUCGCCAGGCAGCAGCAGCUGCAGCUCCACGCAGGGCGACCGGGAGGACGCGGAGGGACCUCCGUCACAGGAGGCGAACCCCCAACACCACCUCAACGGACACGGGACGUCCUCCAUAGAGAAGCCAUGAGGAGGAAGGAAGGCUGAUGAACACUUGUGCUCAAUCUGUACUUCAGUGGUUUGGCUAAUUUAGUUUCCAUUACACAUUGUGAACUAGCGUCUGCCACGGCAACUAAACCUUUUGAUAUUAAGGAUUUCUCUUUGCAUAAAUAGGUAUUAAAAGAAAAGAGUAGAAUAAAGAAACUACUGAAGAAAUACCUGGAAAAGUUAAUAACAGGAAGGUUUAGAAGUAACAUUCCUCUGUAUUAAUUCAUUUUUUCAAAAUGAACUUAUACAUUUGCAUACACGCUACACUUUUAUACUGUAUAUAGACAAUACUUGAGUAAAAAAAUCCACUUUUUUUUCUGUGUACCUUUGCCGCAUUUAGUUAUCAGUAUAGCAUUUUUGUUUUUGAGUGUAUGUGCUUACAUUGAUUUCAUGUUUAAUUUUGUUUUUUACUCCUCCAAGCACUUGUCACAUUAAAGAACAACUUCAAUCUUG